UGCGCCUCCAUGUGACGCGCCCUCCUCGCGGUGCCCUUCAGCCGCCGCCGCAGUUCCCGGGGCGCCACAUGGACCGGGCCAGCCCGAGCGCGCUCCGCCACUGACUGCCCGCCCGCCCGCCAGCACCCCGGCCCGGGGAAGGCAGAGAACUCCUGGCCACACUUGCAUGUGAGUUCCGACCCUUGGAGGAGCCACUGAGGAAUCAAAGCCAUCGUCAUGGAGUUCGUGAUGAAACAGGCCCUGGGAGGGGCCACAAAGGACAUGGGGAAGAUGCUUGGAGGCGAUGAGGAGAAGGACCCUGACGCAGCCAAGAAGGAGGAGGAGCGCCAGGAGGCCCUGCGUCAGGAGGAGGAGGAGCGCAAGGCCAAGUACGCCAAGAUGGAGGCCGAGCGUGAGGCCAUGCGCCAGGGCAUCCGAGACAAGUAUGGCAUCAAGAAGAAGGAGGAGCGCGAGGCGGAGGCCCAGGCCGCCAUGGAGGCCAAUUCGGAGGGCAGCCUGACAAGGCCCAAGAAGGCCAUCCCGCCGGGCUGUGGGGACGAGCCAGAGGAGGAGGACGAGAGCAUCCUGGACACGGUCAUCAAGUACCUGCCCGGGCCACUGCAGGACAUGUUCAAGAAGUAGCGACCCUACGCUGGACGGCAACCCGCCCGCGCCCGGAGCCCCCAACCCCAUCGCCCCGAUCUCCCACUUAGCCCCUGCCCGUGCCCUCCGGAGGCCCCUGAAGGGAUGUCGGGAGCGGAGUGCAGCACCCCCAACGCCAAUAUAAGCCAUAGUCCUAGAUCUGUCAGCCCCUGUCCCCCUCACUCCUCGGGAGCCUACGCACCUCUCACUCCCACCCUCUCCCAGCACCGCCAUCGCCACCGCCCCCGGGGGGAGGGGCAGC